UUCACGAUGGCACCCUCUGCAUUGAUGACCUUGGUGCUGCUGCUCCUUCAGUUUGGCUGGGGAGAAAGCUCUCACAAACAUCUCCAUGAAGAUCAUUAUAUUGGUCAACAGCACAACUCUGAACAUGACAUGCAUGUCCUGCUAGGAGAUCAGGACACAGAAGAGUUAAAGAAACUUAGUCCAGCAGAACAGAGGAAAAAGAUGAUGGAGAUUGUAAAGAAAAUUGAUACCAAUGCUGACAAUCUGCUAAGUACAGAGGAGAUCACGCUUUGGAUUCAGCGUGUUUACAGAACAUAUGCUCUGGAUGAUGCAGAGGAGCGGUUUCCUGAGUUUGACACAAACAAAGAUGGUCUUGUAUCAUGGGAGGAGUACAACAUGGUCACACAUGACCAGCUCAUUAGUUUAGAUGAAAACACCAACCUGGACGAUCCAGAGCAAGAAUCUCUCAGAUAUCUCCGCCUGAAGGAGAGGAGGCGCUUCGAUGUUGCUGACAUGGACGGCACACCUGGCCUCAAUGUAACAGAGUUUCUCGCCUUCACCCACCCAUCUGAAGUGGAUCACAUGGCUGAUUUUGCCAUUGAAGAUGUAUUGAGUGAAUAUGACUCCGAUAAAGAUGGAUUCAUCAGUCUGAGUGAAUUUAUUGGAGAUGUUCGUGGUGAAGAAGACACCCCUUCUCAGUGGGAGAUUGAAGAAACAGUGCGGUUUAAAGAACUCUAUGAUCAAGAUAAGGAUGGCAAAUUGAAUCGAGAGGAGCAGCUCCGUUGGAUUGCACCUAACAGCUAUGGUUCAGCAAGAGAAGAGGCUCUUCACCUCAUCAAGGAAAUGGACCAAGAUGGUGACGGGCACGUCUCAGAGGCUGAAGUUUUGAAAAAUCAAGAAAUGUUCAUGAACAGUGAAGUGACAGACUAUGGCAGACAGCUGCAUAUAUCACAUGAUGAAUUAUAACUAUGUGCUCAAGUUUAGCGUAGAGUUUUCUUAUUUGUUUUUACAUGACGAUGUAAUGAAGUUUUUUUCCUUUGUUGCACUAAUACACUAGUCAUGAGAUGUACGUCAUUCCCUGAGGAGUGUUGACUGUAUCUGUCAGCAAAAAUGUUGCAAUAGAAAAUGACAGGGUGUAAAAUAACAAGAACACAUACAUAAUACAUCAUCAAAAGCUACACUUUCCAAAAUACAGAAGAGGAUUAGGGCCACAUGUGAAAAUUGGAUCUGAUUUCUAAGAUUAAAGUCAGAAUUCUCACUGCAUCCAAAGUCACAUACUAGAGACUACAUACUUAAUAUGUGUACUAUCGUUCAACAUACUUUAAAAAUAACAGCAAUAUGAAUGCUUUUGGACAUGCUGUACUUUAAAUAUCACGUCAUUUCCUGAGAGCUUCCUUGCUCAUUUGAGAUGUUUUCACAUUGCCCUUAUCCUCUUCAAUACCAAAAUGACUUCAGGGUUGCACAAACAGUGACAAAAUCUGAUGCCAUCGAUGUCACAAAAUAGUGUGCAUGGCAGGGCUAUUGUAAUGGGCUGUAUGAGAUUGAGAAAUAUUCUGGUUAUUUUAUCCAUAUGCUGUGGAAGAGCAGGGAGGUUCGUGAGCUUAUAAUCACUUUUAAUGAACAUUUGAACAAAAAACAAACAUGCUCAAACCAAUAGUCAUGUAAUCAAAGAAACUAGAGUUUGUUUUGAUUACCUUUUAAUAGCUUUAUCUCAGUGUUACCUGUCCCUAUACAUUGUGUCAUAAGUGCAGUGCCAUGAGUGUCAGUUCAGGUUGUGAUAACUGCUGACAUGUUGCAGCUCUUCCUCAUUUAAAUCAAAUGAGUAAGUAAGUGAGCGUUGCCGUUUGAAGGCUGGCUUCCUGAAUGUGUAAUGAUCCGUUCCACUUGCAUCGAGCAACAACCCCUCACACAGCUGGGUGUUAUAAAGUGACUUACAGUUAAGUGGAUUCUCCAACACGGAUUAUUUUUAAGAGCUGCCAAGAUGACAUUACAAUUUAAAGAUGCCUUUUGGGUGAGUUAUGCUAUUAAUUCCUGCUAGUAAUUGUUUUUGUACGAUGUUCAUGUUGAUAGCUAAAGCUGAAAAUUGAGCUGUGCAUUCAGUGUUGUAUUUAGUUUAACUGGAGUUAAGAUGAUAUAUGUGCCUUCCCACCUCUACGUUAUGUUUUAUUUUAUCUUGAAAUACUUACCAUACACUAGUGAUGUAUGUAGUUAUCUGUAGUUAUCUCUGACUACAGUAAGCUAAAUAUUUGACCUUGCUGUCUUCUUUCUUGUCAUUGUUUUUGCUUUUUCUCACUUUAAAACUCAUUGAAUAUGUACUGACUUGCUUCUUUGAGUAAAACAUGAACUAUGUGUCUUUCUUAUAUAUGCUUUCUAAAGGAGUAAAAGCAUUGUUUGAUUGCAUGUCUGAAUCGUUGUGAACAUAUUGUCAAAUUGUUAUUGGAGAACAAAGUUUAUAAAAUUAGGCCUGUCACAGACUAUACAGC